AUAAAACAUGUAUUAAGUAGAUAUUUGUAUACUUCAUAUUUCUGUUAUAAAGUUUGAUAUAUAAAUACUUUCUUUAAUAAAGUUUAUAGUUUUUUUUUAGGUUAUCUACGUAUUUAAGUAGUCUAAAUAUAUGAAUUAUAGACUUUUUUUACCACAAUUUAAUUCAGCUUCAAAAUCUACGUUCAUUUAUUAGUUUUAUUAUGGCUGGCAAUCGUGAAGUCAUCCUUUCGGAUUUUCAGGCAUGUACUGAUAUUGAUGAUGUUGCUGAAGCUAUUUUACAUUUAGAGGGAACAAACUGGGAUUUAUUAGCAGCUAUUAAUAAUGUAAUGCCACAAAAUACCCAACAAUUACCAUCAGAAAUAAAUCUGGAUAUUGAAAUGAUUGAAGAAAAAAAUCAUGUAUCAAAAAAUUCUUCAGAUCUAGUGUAUAUACAAAAAAGUAAAAAUUCUGAUACACAAGAUCAAGAUGAAGUUUUACCUGGUACUAGUAAUUCUAAAAGUAUAGAAUCAAUUCUAGUUGAAUCAAGACGGUUAAAAGAUCAAAUAAGAAUUCUCACAUUUCAUGUACAUUAUCAAUCCAAAAUUUUUCAAAUUGAGAUAUCUGAUACAAAUUCAGUGGAAAAUUUAAAAUUAUUAAUAUUUAAUAAUGCACAUAUUGCACCUUGUAAACAAGAAUUACAUGGAUGGGUAAAAGAACCUAAAGGAGAUAAGACUAUUUUAAAAUCUCUUGAAUUACCACGUGAAAAUGAGUUACAUAUGUCUCCAGUAAUAGAAGUAGGAGAUUCAUCUUCACAAAUAAUGAAACUUUCAGAUCGUUUAUCUACCAUUUACACUUUAAAUAUAAGAGAUGAAAGCAAUAAAGAUACAUAUAAAUUAAAUUUUCCUGGUACUUAUACAAUUUUAGAUGUAAAACGUAAUAUUUAUACAAUAAAUGAUGUACCAGUAAGAAAUCAAUUAUGGAAGGGGUGGCCAUUAGCUGUAAAAAACGAUUCAAUUACAUUAGCACAAAGUGGCAUUUCCAUCCCUGAACAUAAUCUUUCUGUUGAAAGAAUUCCUCCAAAAGAAACAAAAAAGGAAGUUGUUGAUUUAGAUAAAGAUAGUUUUAUAGAUGAACAAGAAGAUGGUGAAGAUUUUGAAGAUGCCCCUGAAACAUUUCAAGUUGAUGAUGAUUAUAUUAUAGUUGACGAUGAUAUUUUUAUAGAUUAUGUCCAACCUACAAAAAUCCAGCAUUUAAUACCUGAUAACAUUGGAGAUGAAAUUAGUGGCACUUUACAUUUUUCAGAAGAGUAUACAAAACGAUAUGGUCUAGCUCAUCCAAAUUUUUUUACUGGUACCUUUGAAAGUGCAAUAGCAGAAUCUUGUUUUAAACCACCAAGAGAGAGAAAGUUAUUAGCAGUAUAUUUACAUCAUGAUAACAGCAUUUUAGCAAAUGUUUUUUGUACACAAUUACUAGGCUUUGAAACUGUUUUACAACUUUUAUCAGCUAAUUUUGUAAUAUGGGGUUGGGAUUGUACUUAUGAAUCAAAUAAGUCUAAAUUUCUUGCAUCUGUACAACAAGCGUUAGGAGCAACUGCAGCAGUAACUAUUAAAAAUAUUGAAGUUGAUACUAUGCCUGUACUUAUGAUUAUUAUGAAAUCUAGAUCUAAUACAGAUGUUUUUACAAUAAUUCAUGGUAACGUUGGAGUCAAUGAAUUACUCAGCAACUUGAUAGAAGCUGUAGAUGUUUUCCAAGAACAAAGACAAAAUGAUAUAGAAUUUGAAGAUGAAAGACAAGCAAGAGAAAGAGUAAAAGAAGAACAAGAUCAAGCUUAUCAAGAAAGUUUAGCUGCAGAUAAGGCUAAAGAAGAAGCUAAGCAAUUAUUAAAAAAAAUUGAAAAGCAAAGAAAAGAAAAAGCAGAAAAUGAAAAGCAAGCUGAACAAGCUAGAAAAGAAGCUCGUAGAUUAGUAGUUGAAUCAAGUUUGCCCCCUGAACCUGCUCAACACUUGACUGAAAAUAUUUUGAAAAUUAAAGUUAGACUACCUUCAGGCAAUUUUUUAGAACGUAGAUUUCAAACUAAUACUGUACUUCAAACAAUUUUUAAUUUUUUAAUUGUAAAAGGAUAUCCUACAGAAGAAUAUAAAUUAUUAUCAAGUUGGCCUAGAAGAGAUCUUACAACAAUGGAUACAAAUCUUACACUUUUCGAAUUAAAGUUCUGUCCACAAGAAACGUUAAUUUUAGAAGAAAGAUAAUUUUGUAAUUAAAAUAAAUUAAAUUCGAGAUUAAUGGAACUGAACAUCGUAUUGAUAUAUGUAUUUAUUAAAUAAUCUUGUAAUUUUAAAUAUGUAUUUGUUUCGUUUGAACUAUGUUUGAAUGUAGUGCCCGUUUUAUACCAUUUUAUCGUGUUUCAAGUGUAGUCAUUCUAGUAGAAAAAUAAGGACAUCGCAAAAUAUUUUUACGUAUGAAAUCUUUUAUAUGAAAAAUAGUAAAUAAUAAAAAUCGUUAAA